CUUUUAGAAUGACAAACUGAGCAAUGGGAAUUUGUAUCUAGGAAGUUGGGUAACACUUUUUGAUAAAACCGAAAACAGGCAGGAAAUUUCAGCAUCUGGAUGUUUCAAAACUGUAUUUGCUUUGUUGCCAAGUAGAACCUGCAGAGGGGAAACAUUAUGGGAAGAAAGAUGAUUUUUCUUCUGAUUAUGGGGGUCCUUGGGGCAUAUUAUCUUUAUACACCUCUCCCAGAAAAUAUUGAGCAGCCCUGGAGACUAAUGUGGAUGACCACAAGUAUGAACACUGUAACAAAUUUGGCUCUGUUUGUUGAACUAUUGGGAAUCAGUCAUUUCACGAACAUUGUAGUGUUCUUCAUGAGCUUUCAAGAAGUCCCACCCACAUCUGAUGAAAAUGUCACUGUGACGGAGACAACUUUCAACAACGUUCCUGUCCGUAUAUAUGUACCAAAACGAAAGUCAGAGACACUAAGAAGGGGCUUAUUUUAUAUUCAUGGUGGUGGUUGGUGUAUGGGGAGUGCUGCUUUGUUUGAUACUGACUUUCUUUCAAGACGGACAGCUGAUAGACUUGAUGCUGUUGUCAUUUCAACCAACUACCGACUAGCACCUAAGCAUCAUUUUCCAAACCAACUUGAAGAUGUAUAUAAUGCACUAAAGUGGUUCUUAUGCCAUGAUGUUCUUGACAAGUAUGGUGUAGAUCCUGAAAGAAUUGGUAUUUCUGGAGACAGUGCCGGAGGGAAUUUAGCUGCAGCAGUGACUCAACAGCUCAUAGAUGACCCGGAUGUCAAGAUCAAACUCAAGACCCAGUCUUUACUUUAUCCUGCCCUUCAGACUCUUGAUAUGGAUUUACCAUCAUAUCAGGAAAACUCACAUUUUCCUGUGCUGCCCAAAUCAUAUAUGGUCAGAUUGUGGAGUGAAUACUUUACCACGGACAGAUCGCUUGAAAACGCCAUGCUCUUCAAUCAACAUGUACCAGUGGAAUCAAGCCAUCUAUUCAAAUUUGUUAACUGGAGUUCUUUGCUCCCUGAGGAGUUUAAGAAAGGGCAUUUUUAAAACAGUCCAACUUACGGUGGUUCUGAGCUGGCUAAAAAAUAUCCAGGGUUCCUAGACAUGAGGGCAGCUCCCUUGUUGGCUGGUGACAACAAGUUGCGUAAUUUACCCCUGACCUAUAUCAUGACCUGUCAAUAUGACGUCUUAAGGGACGAUGGAAUCAUGUAUGUCACCCGACUUCGGAACGCUGGCGUUAGGGUGACCCAUGACCACAUUGCGGAUGGAUUCCAUGGAGCACUUUCCUAUCAUGGAUUUAAAGUUGGAUAUAGAAUGGAAAAUCUGUAUAUGAGUUGGCUAAGUGAAAAUUUGUAGUAAAAAUCUGAGCAGUGGUUCGUAAAAGUAUAUAAGCCUCCGAAUAGGAAACACAUUAAUGAGAAUCAGAGGGUUGUGUUUGAACUGAUGUUUAUCAUCUGUGACCUAAGUCCUCAUAGCCAUUGUGUUUUGUUGUUUCUUUUAAACUCAGCAGAUUUUUCUCUAUCAUUUAUUGUAAGUGUUGUUUACUCACUUCUGUACCUUAACUAAUAUCUAUUUUAUAUGGUUUUUUCUUAUAGCUCUAAUUUACAGCCCUAGUUUUUGACUGCCUAAUAGUAUUACUGUUGAGAAGAAAGUUUUAAACGAAUACAUCUGGCUUGUGAAAUGCCGGAGCCUCAAUUGGCACGGAUUUAGAUCCUUCAAAUGCUGCCUUGUAGGCACUAAUAUGAAUUAUGUGCCAACUCUUUUUCAACGUGUUUGCCUCGAUGUAAUGUCAUUUGUUUAUCACUCCAAAAUUCACUCCUUAAUGCAAACCUAUUCCUGUGGUCAGAUACCAGAAUUAAAGACACGAUUUCAUAGGAACUUUAGGAAAAAGCAACUCUAUUCUUGUGACAAAUUAGGGGCAUAUAGGUGGGAGGCAGUGGCUCUACAUGUAGCAGUAGUGAGAGAAGCUCAGGACAUAGAAGAAAUCACAAAACUGAAUUGAAAAAUUUGAAUCUCUGAAAGUUCUUGUGUCUGUAUGGGCUUAGUAGAGUGAAAAAUAAAUGUUGUUGGACUGUCUUAGUUUGGGGGCUAUCACAGAAAACUAUAGAGUUAGUGGCUUAUAAACAAUAGAAAUUUGUUUCUUACAGUUCUGGAGGUUCAGGGUGUCAACAUGGUCAAAUUCUGGUGAGAGCCCUCUUCUGCAUUGCAUUGUAUUGUAUCCUCCCAUGGCAGAGAACAAGGAGCGGGGGGUGGGGGGGAGCAAGCUCUUUCAUGACUCUUACAGGGUACUAAUCUCAUUCACGAGGGUUCCACUCUUAUGAACUCCUUUAAUCCUAAUUAUCUCCCAAAGGCACCACCUCCUAAUGCCAUCACAGAGAGGGUGGGGUUUCAAUAUAUGCUAUUUGGGGGGACACAAACAUUCAGUCUAUAACAUAGACCAUGGAGUGGAGAAUAAACUGUAAUGACCAUACGUUCUGUAAUAUUUGAAAAUUUUGGAGAAACACUGAGGAAGGCUGCUCAGAGCUAGUAUAGGUUCUCCUCAAGGCCAUCAGCAAUCAAGGCUUGUUUACUUUCCUCCUCAGCUAUUAUCAGGCAGAAAGAGGUGUGGAUUAGGGGAAUGGGAGAAUCACAAACUUUUAUUUCUGUUUUUAUCAAGAAAAACAAUGGCAUCUCUGGAAGUCACAUCCAAUACAUGUCUCAUUUUAUGUCUCCUUUUCCGUAACUGUCAAGUUUGCUCAAGGAGUCAUAUUUUUUAACCUGGGCACAGCAUUGUGAACAAAAUUAGCAUUUUUUCUUGUAAACCCAUAAGUGAGAAAUGGAUAAACAACUGGCAGUUAGGUCACAAACUCUAUACGAAUAAAUGGUUUAAAGUACUUGUGGAAAAUAGGGAUGCUCGUAGUUAUGUAUUUCAUGAGAGAGAUGUAUCCAUGAAUCAUACCUAUGGUUCCCAAUGGAGCAUCAUUGGGAUACUUGUGUACUGUAAUAUCUAUGUACUCAGUGGGAGAGGGCGUUUGUCUGUUUUACUUGCAUCUCUAUGUCCCACUCUUUUACCUCCCUCAAACCACCUACCCAUAAAUCAAUGUAUGUUAAUUACCAGGUGGGGGCAUAGUCUUAAUUUGGAAUAGAAAGAUAUAUUUAAAUAUGGACAUGACUUAUGAGACAAAAUACUUUUUGAAAGCUAUAUAAAUAAUAAUGAUGCAACAAAGUGAUAUUAAGUGUACCGUGUUUUCCUAGAAUUCCAGUCUGAAGAUAUAGUGAGGGGUGGGGGGCGAAGCAAUAACUAACAAAGCAACAAGAACAGAAUUCCCUAUUCUUUACCUCAGAUUAAAUUUCUAGUACAAAAGUUCAUCCAGAUCCCUACUUUUGGUUUUUACAAAGUACAAUGGGAUGAAUAGUUAUAGGUGUUGGGGUGGCUUCUUGCAUCCUAAGCCACCAGGACUGGUUAUUACUCAUUGAUCUUUACGUCUCUCUACAUCAGUCCUCACUCCCCAUCACCCUCAUGUCCCACACCCUGAUCUCUGUAAGGCAUUCCCUGCCCCCGAUUCUGCCCUUCCCACAACCCCUUCCCAAUGCCUAUAGUCUUUCCACUGAGCUCUCUGGAACUGUUGGAUCAUCAUGAGCAACCUCGGUAAGAUUUUGUCUGUGCCUUCCAUUAACUUUCCUCUAAGAUGUAGUACUGGAUUGAGGACCAGGCUUCUAUUUUCUAUUUUCCCUCCCACGUUAAUCAUAGGAUAGGAGGUGAAUGUGUGGUAAGUACCUUCCUUGCUCAUCGCUGCUACCAGACUAUUCUCUUUGCCUGCAGCCUCCUGCAUCAUGGUGGCAGAUUCCGUCACCAGUUACCCUUCCAUUAUGUAGUCACCUUCUGAGCUCUGCGUCCCUGGCUCUCACGUCUCAACGAUUGCACCUUUAAGCUCACUGUCACUACCUCUGCCAUUACAAUUGGGGAUUUCAAAACCUAUGUAGAUGAUACAACUAACAGCAUGGACUAUAAAUUGUUUCACUUGCGCUUCCCCUAAUAAUCUCACCCUCUAUUCUGCAUAAACCAUAUGUUCUUAUGAUCAUGGCUUAGACCUUGUUACUAACAAAAACUCCACCUUGUAAUCUUGAUAUCAGAUAGGCUACUAUCUUACUGUAACCUGCUGUCACUGUAGGUCACUCCCACUAAUACUCCUAAUUUCCAUGUACUGGAAUUAUACUAGCAUUUUACAAUUCCUCAUACUGCUCUUACUUUUUCUUUUCUUCCUUAGUCAGAUUUAGUUCUACAGUCAGUCAUUAUGACCACUUCCUUGCAUAGGCCCCUGGCUGCCAUCUCUCUUUCGUUCUUAAUCACAUUUUCUGCAUCUGUCUUUGUUCCCUAAUCUCUUCUCAGUGGGGUGCUUCUGGAUUCAGGUAUCUUUUUAACCCAUCCUCUGGUGAUGCCAUCCAGUCUCAUGGCUUUCAGUGAUCUGUAAGAUGAAACCCAAACUCACAUCUCCAGCCUGAACCUUCUUAACUCCAGAUUAGUAUACAUAUACAACCAUAUGCAUACUUUACAAACCAUAAAUAAAAACCUCAAACUUAAAUUUCUGAUCUUCAUUCAAAUAACUGCUGAUAUUCAUCUUUCUCAUUUCUGCAAAUAGCAACUCCGUAUUUCCAGUUAUCAGGCCAAAAUGGAAGCAAAGCAAAACCAAAACAAACAAGCAAAAACUCUCUAUUUUUUGUCUUUUUUUUCUGUCAUAGGUAUCCUAAUUAAAUCCUCUUAACCAAAAUAUAUCCUGUAUCCAACCAUUUUUUAUUCUUACUUCCAUUGCUAACACCCUGAUCUAAUUCACUGUCAAUUUAUGCUGGCAAUAGUCCAAUGGAAUUCUAACUCCUCUCUCCUCUUUCAUUUUGAAUCCUUAGAAUCAGUUUGCAACAUGUCGAACAGAAUGAUCUUUUUAAAAUGAAAGAUCACUUAGAUUUUCUACUAAUAGAAAUCUGUUAUGAUGUAUGAAACUAAUUGUAUCAAAUGUCUUUCACCUGUUAAUCACUGUGAUGGGUGUUUAAAAUACAAAAAUCAGUAAAAUAGUCUCUUGCCUCAAAAAAAUAAAUAAAUAAAAUGAAAGAUUGUGUUACUCCUCUUCUCAAGGUCUCCCAUUGCCUUCCCAGCUCUGUAAGAACAUUAAGGAACCCUAACCACUGUAACCACAGUGGCCUCCUUUGUGUUCAGCAAACCUCCCUAAAAUGCUCCAACCUCCCUGUAAAGCUUUUGCUGCCGCUGUGUCUUCAGUGUUCAGGAAGUUUGUAUAUUCAGUUUUGUCUUCAUAGUGCAGUAGCCAGGAUGUCUGAAGAAAACUUUUAUGUACAUACACCUCAAACUGCUGAAUGAAAUAUGUAAUGAGUCUUUAUAAAUCAUGAAUGGGUUGGGGAAAAGGAGAGGAAAGUUGAGGGACAAAAAUGUUAAUAAAGCACAAACCCAGAUUCUUACUGAGAUUUCUCUGACAUUGUAAGUGACACAGUAAGUAGCACAUGUCCAAGAUUAUCAGGUGGCCUUCUGUGACAGGAGCUUUUUGCCCCAUAGUGCAGAUAUAGGCAAACAGUUUUCCUUUAUGAGGCCGGUUUGAAUCUAUAAGUUUGUUUAAAACAUAGGUUUUAUUAUUAUUCUAGUAUGGUGAGGUAAAUAGAUCAGGAGAUGACUGCCAAUUAAAAGAUGGUUCUUACAGGUUCCAGGAGGAGGAGGCAUGACACACCAUGAGUUGGUCAGAAUGUAGAGGGAACCGGGGGAAAUGUGGACAAGAGCUUUAAUGUGUUUUCCAUGGGAGAGAAUGUAGGCAUCACAGGGUAAGCAACGUUUAGGAUUGACUAGUUUGAAUAAUUUCAGUGCGCUCUCAGGUAUAGGGGUUGUCUCUGUCUGGUACUUGGCCCUGGGGUGCUUAGGAUAAAGGAGGCUGUGGGGGUAGGAAUUCCGAACUGAUUGAUUUGUAUAUGAAAAAUGUUCUCACAGGAAAGUUGGUGGCUUAUCUCAGAAAGACCUCAGAUGUUGAAACACCAAUAUAUAGGAAAAAAAAAGCUUAAUACUAGUCCCAACAGAUGCCACUGGAUAGCAAUACUUGAAUUCUACCACAGACUCCAUCUGCAGUUGUCCAAGUGGUGGACUCCUUCAGAAUCAUCCUUGCAUGGGCUACAAAACGUUUUUAAACUUUCAGAUACGUAGAAAUUAUAUUUCAGAAGUUUAUUAAAACCUUCUGCAAAAUUAAGGUAUUAAAACUUGUAAAAUAUUCAGAAGGUAAAAAUUUUCAUUCCAUUUUAUGUGUGGAGAUAUAUAGAAAGGUGGACAUAUAGCUAUAGAGGUACAUACUAAAUAUACAAUCUAGCGGAUACAACCAAACCUGGUGUACUGCGAGAAAAUUUCAUAGUCUCCUAUCCCUAUAACAAUAUGUAAAAAAAUAAUAGGCUUAAAUUUUCAUUCAAGAUGUUAGAAAAAAUAAAUCCAAAGAAGGUUGAAAGAAAGAAUUAUAAAAAUUUUUAAAAAGAUGUAAAUAAGUUUAAAAAUUGGCAGAAUUAAUAAAUGAAAUUUCUGAGGUUUUUUUAUAGACAUUAGAAUUGUUGAACCGGAUCAACCCUGUAUCCUAAAUGAGAAGAAAAAUAUACCAAACAAAAAGUGAUAAAAAAAACCAUGGACACAAAAGAAAUUUAUGGAUCAAUUUGUUCUGCAAUGAGAAUAACUUUUAAACCUGUAAAAUAUAUAUGUAUUGCAAAAUAUGACAUUACCAUACCAAAAAUUUAAAAAGAGUUCUAACAAUGAUCAGGAAAAGCAGUGUUCCUGUGAUGAUCUAAAGUAGAAAAUACUAGAGGAAAACAUAGGCAGAACACUCUAUGACAUACAUCAAAGCAAGAUCCUUUUUGACCCACCUCCUAGAAUCAUGGAAAUAAAAUCAAGAAUAAACAAAUGGGACCUAAUAAAACUUAAAAGCUUUUGCACAGCAAAAGAAACCAUAAACAAGACAAGAAGGCAACCCUCAGAAUGGGAGAAAAUAGUUGCCAACAAAGCAACGGACAAAGGAUUAAUCUCCAAAAUAUACAAGCAGCUCAUGCUGCUUAAUACCAAAAAAGCAAAUAACCCAACCCACAAAUGGGCGGAAGACCUAAAUAGACAUUUCUCCAAAGAAGACAUACAGAUGGCCAACAAACACAUGAAAAGAUGCUCAACAUCACUAAUUAUUAGAGAAAUGCAAAUCAAAACUACAAUGAGGUAUCUCCUCACACUGGUUAGAAUGGGCAUCAUCAGAAAAUCUACAAAUGGUAAGUGCUGGAGAGGAUGUGGAGAAAAGGGAAGCACUCUUGCACUCCUGGUGGGAAUGUAAAUUGAUACAGCCACUGUGGAGAACAGCAUGGAGGUUCCUUGCAAAAUUAAAAAUAGAACUACCAUAUGACCCAGCAAUCCCACUACUGGGCAUAUACCCAGAGAACACCAUAAUUCAAAAAGACACAUGCACUCCCAUGUUCAUUGCAGCACUAUUUACAAUAGCCAGGACAUGGAAGCAACCUAAAUGUCCAUCAACAGAUGAAUGGGUAAAGAAGAUGUGGUACAUAUAUACACUGGACUAUUACUCAGCUGUAAAAAGGAAUGAAAUUGGGACAUUUGUAGAGACAUGGAUGGACCUAGAGACUGUCAUACAGAGUGAGGUGAGUCAGAAAGAGAAAAACAAAUAUUGUAUAUUAAGACAUAUAUGUGGACUAUAGAAAAAUGGUACAAAUCAAUGGGUUUGCAAGGCAGAAAUAGAGACACAGAUGUAGAGAGCAAACAUAUGGACACCAAGUGGGGAAAGCGGGGAGGGUUGAGGGGGAAUGAAUUGGGAGAUUGGGAUACCAAAUUUUACACUCUAAAUAUAUGCAGUUUAUUGUAAAAAAUAAAAAAUUAAAAAAAAAUGCAUCCAUUUGGUAUUCAAAAGCUACAUGCACAGAUACAGCCAUAAAUGGUACUUUCAAAAAUUGUUUACAUAAAUUAUUCUUUUUCAAAGGUAUAGACUAGCUCCUCAACACUGCUUUCCUGCUCAGUUUGAAGACAGCAUCACUGUAGUCAGGUUUUUUCUUCAGAAUAAAAUUCUUACAAGAUAUGGAGUGGGUCGCACCCGAAUCUGUGUUUCAGGAGACAGUGCUGGGGACACCUUAGCAGCGGCAGUGUCUGAACAGGUACAUUAAUUACAUUGUCUUUAUACUGGGAGGUGGAGAUCGAAGCUCAUUUUCUUUUCCAUGCAGACACCCAGUUCUUCUAGCACCAUUCAUUGAAAAGACCAUCCUUUCUCGUUAGAUUACAAUAAUGCUUGAGUCUAAAGUCAAUUGACCAUAAUGUGACUAUUUCUGACUUCUCUCUUCUGUUCCAUUGAUCUAUAUGUCUAUCCUCAUGCUAAUACUAUGCUGACUUCAACUUUGUUCUUUUUUUCAAAAUUGUUUCUAGUGUUGCCUGCCUUUUCCAUAAAAAUAUUAAGAUAUUUUGUCAAUUUCUGAAAAAGAAAGGCUAAUAGGAUUUUGAUUGGUAUUGCAUGAUAUCUAUAAAUUUGGGAAGGCUUGACAUCUUACUAUUAUUGAGACUUCCAAUUAAUGCAUAAAGUCCUCUUCAAUUUCCUCAGAAAUAGUUUACUUUUUUAGUAUUGAAGUCUUGCAAAUCUUUUCUCAAAUUUAUUCCUGAGUUAUUUUGGAAAAAUUUCAUCUACAAUAAUAUUUUCCAAAUGUUUAUUGACAGUAUAUAGGAAUGCCUUCGUUUUUACUUUGGUCUUCCCAAUCAUAUCCUUGAAAGUUUCAUGUAUAAUUUCUAGUAUAUUUUUUACAUUUUCUAGGAUUUUGUGCACAAUCAUAUCCUCUGUAACCAGAGACAGCUUUAAUUCCUCCUUUCCAAUAUUUAUACUUUGAUUUUCCCUUCUUAAUUAGUGUACUGGCUAGGGCUUCCAGGACAAUAUAUAUAUAUAUUUUUAAUUAUGGCCAUAAGUGAAGAUUUCUCUCUCUCUUGUUUUAAUUAAUUAAUUAAUUAACUAAUUAAUUUUAUUUUUUGGCUGCAUUGGGUCUUCAUUGCUGCACAUGGGCUUCCUCUAGUUGCUGUGAGCGGUGGGGGACUACUCUUCAGUGCUGUGCACGGGCUUCUCAUUGGGGUGGCUUCUCUUGUUGUGGAGCAUGGGCUCUAGAAGUGUGGGCUUCAGUAGUUGUGGCUUGUGGGCUCUAGAACACAGGCUCAGUAGCUGUGGUACACUGAUUUAGUUGCUCUGCGGCAUGUGGGAUGUUCCUGGACCAGGGCUCAAACCCGUGUCCCCUGCAUUGUCAGGCAGAUUCUUAACCACUGCACCACCAGGGAAGUCCCCAGGACAAUAUUCAUUGCAAUUACCUUGCUCUGGAUCUUAGGAGGACAUUGUUCAAUACUUCACUAAUAAACAUCUGAAGAGUUCUCAUAGUUGGCUUUUGUCAGAUUGAAAGUCCCUUCUGUUCCUAAUUUGCUGACAGUUUUUACAUAAAUGGGUAUUGAACUUGUUAAAUGUUUGUAAUGUAUCUAAUGAAAUGACAAUGUGAUUUUAUUCUUUCAAUGUGGUGUAUUAUGUCAUUUAACUUUCAGAUCUGAAAUUAUGCUUGUCUCUGAGGCAUGAGCCUCACUUGGUUAUGGUGAAUUGAAAUUUUAAUAUAUUGCUGGUUUUCAUUUCCUAACAUUAAAUAUUUUUUGGUUUUUGAGGGAUUUACUUCUAUUUAUUAAAAAUUCUUUGUCAGGUUUUUGAUAUGUGUUAUACUGGCCUCAUUAUAUCACUUGGGAAGAAAACCAACUUCUUUUUUAAAAGAAAAAUUCUUUCCUCUUAAGUUUGA